GAGGAGGAGGGGGGGCACCACAUGAGGAGAUGUGAAAGGUCUGUUUCAGCUGCACAGACUCACAGUGUUCUGUGCAUUAGAAGAAUAAGACUGUUCACAUGUGUCAGUGUGUUUCUGACAGGAUUCAGACCAAGUCCCACAUUGAGGACAGAUGGAGACGCCUAAAGAGAUGCUGUUGGGAAGUCUGCGUGAAUUAUUUUCUGAGGAUUUUAAAAUGUUCAAGUGGUACCUGCAUCAGGGUGACAUCCUGAACCAGAACGGCUUCAGUGCAAUCCCAAAAAGUAAACUGGAGAAUGCGGACAAGUUGGACGUGGUGGACCUGAUGGACCAGACCUAUGAUGCAAAUAUCAUUAAAGUCGCCACCAUGGUUCUGGUGAAGAUGAAGAGGAAUGAUCUGGUGAAGACACAUUUUAAAAAAACCUCAGAACCUACAGAACCGUCUGCAGAGAGUGGAGCAGCAGCAGGUCCUUCAGCUGUUCAUGACGACAUGAGACCGGGUCAACUCAUCCAAAAACUUCACAACCAGUCAUUUGACGUUAACUGGAGUAAAGACGGGGGACACCCAGAUCCAGGACCAUCAGGGUUAAUGAUGGCAUCUGCUGGACCUGAAGAUCUACCCUGGAGACUGGACAAUCUAAAGGUGGACGAUGGUGGACAAGACGGUUUAAACACAGACCUGAACUGGUACCCAGACCUGAGUGAAAACCCUCCAGAACCAGACCCAGUUCCAUUAUUACUCCUACCCCCAUGUGUUCUUCCAUCAGAUCUGUACUUGACACCGGACUCUCCAAAGUUGGAUCAUAAGAACCUGUCAAAAGCUGAUGUGAAGAAGUAUUACCAUAAACUCACCCUGGACCCAGACACUGUACCUCCAACUGUAACUCUGUCUGACUGUAACAGGGAGGCAAUUCAUGUCGUGCUCCCUGGUCAGGACUCAUAUUCCUGCAGAUGUAAGGUGGUGUGUCUUCCUGCUCUGACUGACCGCUGUUACUGGGAGUUCCAGAGGAGAGGAGAGGUUGAAAUGGAUGUGGUUUGCAGAGGAUUUGCAAGGAAAAGAAACAGUAUAGAGCGUUGGCUAAAUAUAGUUGAUGAGUUCUGGAGUUUGAGGUGUUCUGACGAUAACUACGGUGUUUCUCAUAAUGCCAUACCCAUGUUAGGUCCAUGUAAAUGGUCCUUCUGUGAUAGAGUAGCUGUCUUUUUGGACUGUCCUGCUGGAGCUCUGUCCUUCUAUGAAGUCUCUGAGGACAGACUGAACCACAUCUUCACCCACAAUGGCUGUUUCCGUGAACCGAAAGCUGAGUUUUGGUUAUAUUCUGGUUCCUCAGUGUCUCUGUGUGAUGUGUAGAAAACAAUCGCUCAAUCUGCUGAAUGAACACACAUCAGCUCCACAUCUACAAACCAACACGUUCACUGUCUGUUCUGUAUGGAAUCAUAAACACUGACAUUUAAUGGACCAAGUGUUGCGUCCUUUGUCAGGCUCUAUGUUUUACUUGUGGAAGGACUACCAUUAUACUUCCAUUUAUUCAUGUUGUUUUUGCAAUUAAAGAGUUAGAAAAUGUCUUUUUUGUCAAUUCUUUUGCACAUUUUUUCAGGAAGAACUUAACUUUCAAUAUCCGUCCAUUAAUUAUCAUUAUUAUAUGUAAUAAAUGCUUAAAACUGUGUGUUAAAGUAAAACAUUUUUAAAAAACUGACUUGAAUUUUUAUCGUAUUUAUUAUGAAAGACAACUGUAGAUGUUAAUAAUGAAACUUUAUUAGAUAAUAGAAAUAAACUUUCAACUAUUGUCUGUGCUCAAGCAUUUGAGUUUGUCUAGAUCAUUCUGUGUCUUUGUUCCAGCUUCUU